GAUUGCUAUCCGGUUCAUCAAUGUCAAUUUUGCUAUUUCAACUCGAUGUCUAUACAUUCAUUUCAAUAAAUCAUAUCAAACAUACUUAUCUACCUAAGUAGGUACCUAUACAAGAACUUUCAUGUUAUCAAAACACUAAAUGCCUACCCAUAUGCUCUUAUCGCUGCCGCCUCUUAACAAUCAUCCAGCAUGGAACCACUUAUACAGGGAGAGAACUUUCGAAGUAGCUUCAUUUUUGAAGACUUUUGUCGAACGAACGAAGAUUGGUUUGUACCAGACGAGCAGUAGUAUGAUCCUGGGGUGCGAGAUGACGGAGAACCGGAGACUCGAGAACAGAGAGCAGCAAGAUAUGCACCUCACGAGUACAUCACAGCCCAGCUCGAUUAUAAUCGACCAACACACCUUAAACAAUGUAUCAUAGAUAUGCUACCGUACGCGCCACAAUAUGGCCCCUAUUUCCACGUCCAACUUCUCACGAGGAGAGCUUUAAAGCACUGCAAAAUGAUUCAAAAAAGAAAAAGCAGAGGCGUCUUACACAUACCACUCGAGGCGUCGCUGCCUCCUAAACAACCAGAAGUCGGCCCUGUGCAGGUCAUCAACUUUGCCUGGUUUUGGGGAUACUGGGUUAUCGGCGAUAGAAGAAUCCCCAUAGUCAAGUCGAGACAAAGACCACUAGACGAGGAGCUUCUAAACAAUAGCAGAAUAAUAAUGCCGAUCCGGUUUGCUCUAUACUUGAGAGGGAUACUGUGGCCGUGGCAAUAUGACUUCGUCGAGCGGCGCGAAUUGGUUUCUAGGGCGGAAGAGCUCAAACAGCAAUAUGGGCAAAGCUUGGUUGUCCAAGCCUUAUUCGAAGAUAUCUUCUCUAUCCUCUUUGCCCUUGAACGGAGAGUCCUCUAUGAUCCAGCAUGUCUAGAACUUCUACAUCACCGAGAGUGGACAUCUCCUUACCAAGAAAGGCACGUUAAACGUCAGGGAAAAUUAUACAUGUUUGAAAAGGCACUCAGAAGAUACAACAAGCGCAUUCAGACCGGCACGUUUGUGAGUCGCAUUGGGUAUGCUAUAUCGGAAGGGGGCGAGCCUCGCGACUGGGAUGAAGUGAUGAUAGAUUAUGAGGAAUACGGUGGUGAGAAUUAUGAUCAUGAUGGAUUCGAGGUCGAAGAAGAGGAAGAGGAAGAACCGCUGGGAAGAAGGCAUAGCUGGUAAUUGGAUGAUCGGCGCCGCUAUCCCUGUAACUGUACGCUGUAUACCUGAUUCGUCGUGAAGGCUUGGGGUUCUUCUCAUUUAUUUUAGCGUUAAAGCUGUGUGAGCGCUAUAAGGACUGACCAGGUUUAAUAGCGUUGGGCACUCUUACAGCGGUUCCGGG